CCUAUCCCACCACUGCUUUUUCGUCUGCGCUCAUCCGCUUUGAACCAGCAGCUGGCAGCGCGGCCCAGCAGCAGCAGCAAAAUAAGCGGUAGCAUGCAGUUCGUACGUCGUAGCCACAGCCUGUCUUUUCUAAAUCCUAAAAACUUUACGCAGCAGUUCCGUGCAAUUCUUUCAACCUUUUAAGGAAGAUGAAGUCCCUCGACAGGUGCAUUCUGCAUGUCUGCAGACUAAACGCACUCUCUGUACAGUCAAGGAGUUUCGCCUCGACCAGCGAAUUGCGUAAAAACAUAAAAUGUGAUCUCCUUGUCGUUGGAGGCGGCGCAGGAGGCUGUGCCAUGGCUGCGAAGUUCGCCUCCAAACUUGGCAAGAACAAAGUCGUGAUCGUGGAGCCAAAAGAUGUACACUAUUACCAGCCAAUGUUUACUCUCAUCGGAGGCGGGAUGAAAACUUUGGCUCAGAGUGCGCGAUCUAUGGGGUCGGUGCUGCCAUCAAAGGCCCAGUGGGUCAAGGACGAGGUGGCCCAGUUCAGCCCGAAACUGAACUCGGUGACAACCAAAAACGGAGACACCAUUGAGUACAACUUCAUGCUUGUGGCUGUCGGGCUGCAAUUGAACUACAACAAAGUGAAAGGUCUUGAGGAUGCUCUGGCCAAAGACCCAAGGGUGUGCUCGAAUUUUUCAGCACAGUACGUGGACAAGACCUUCAAAGCCCUGCAGAACUUCCAAGGAGGACCGGCCAUCUUCACCUUCCCAAAUACUCCUGUCAAGUGUGCUGGGGCGCCUCAAAAAGUCAUGUACAUCACUGAAGAGUACCUUAGAAAGGUUGGGAAAAGAGAUAUUUCUGACAUCAAGUAUUGCACUUCCCUUGGAGUGAUUUUCGGAGUGAAGAAAUACGCAGCCGCUCUUCUGGAAGUGUGCAAGAAACGAGGAAUUGAAGUUAACCUCCGCCAGAACUUAGUCGAGGUCAAGCAUGAAACCUCUGAGGCAGUUUUCGAGUAUCUAGACAAGCCUGGUGAAACAAUCACACUGAAAUAUUCUUUGCUUCAUGCCACUCCACCAAUGAGCGCUCCAGACGUACUGUCAAAGUGUUCCGACCUGACCGACAAGUCUGGCUUUCUGGAUGUGAGCAAAACCAACCUUCAGCACGUCAGAUUCCCGAAUGUAUUUGGCAUUGGAGAUUGCACAAAUGUUCCCACCUCCAAGACCGCUGCCGCAGUUGCUGGGCAGUGUGGUGUGAUCAAGCAACACUUGGCUGCCGUAAUGGCUGGAAAGCCACUUCCAUCCGCGGAGUAUGACGGCUACACGUCUUGCCCCUUGGUGACUGGCUACAGUUCUUGCAUUUUGGCCGAAUUUGACUAUGACGGCCAGCCGUUGGAAACUUUCCCGUUCGACCAGGGAAAGGAGCGAUGGACCACGUUUUUCAUGAAAAAGGCCAUUAUGCCUGACCUCUAUUGGCAUGGCAUGCUUAAUGGCUACUGGGAAGGCCCAAAGAUAUUCCGUAAAAUACUCCAUUUUGGAAUGGGCAAAUGAAGGACGGUCCAGUGAUUAGAAAGAAACAUGUAUUUACAACCGGUGGUGGUAUUAAAUUGAAAUUUUUAACGUUCAUAAUUAAAUUAUGAAAUCUCGAUAUUUAAAGCAAAAAAUUUAUUUUUUGUAAUUUUGCUGUGAACACCGCUCAGUAUAGGAAGGUGUAUAAAUUUCUUCCAGCUGGAUUUUUAUCUAUGUGUGCUGCAUGCUUGUUAUGCAUCAGUUUUUUAGUCAAAUUCAGGAAAAUUAAAUUUUUUGUAUUCAGGUAAAUAAAUGUAUAUAUGAAACUACAAAA